AACGUCCUGAAGCCGAAACUUGACUUCUUGACAUCGUGACGCCAUAUUAUUGCCGUAAAUCGAACGAACAAAAAUAUUUACAUGAAGACAACAAAAAAAUUCUGAGUAAGGAGUGCUUAGGAUAUAUUUGUGAGGUGGGCUAUCUUCUGCAUCUGAAAAUAUAAUCGAUUCAAAAUGAGUUAUCAGAUGCAGUCACCAGCUCCACCAGUUUCGAGGCCAACAUCUCAUGGAAACUAUAGUAAUCCGGCUGACAUGCCUCUUGCAAACCCUAAGGAACAGACUUUGCUUUGGCAGCAGAAUUCCUAUAUGGGUGAUUCAGGAAUUCAUUCUGGGGCUUCCACUCAUGCUCCUCCUACUCUUUGCGGGAAGGAGGAUGAGUUGGAAGGAGAUCCAAUUGUCUUCGAUUGGGAUCAGCCAGGUUUUGGACAAGGCUUCACCCAAGAGCAAGUGGAUGAAAUGAAUCAACAGCUAAAUCAGACACGAUCUCAACGUGUACGUGCAGCUAUGUUUCCUGAGACAUUGGAAGAAGGAAUUGAAAUUCCUAGUACUCAGUUUGAUCCUACUCAACCUACAGCUGUACAAAGACUUGCUGAACCCUCACAGAUGUUGAAACAUGCUGUGGUUAACUUAAUCAAUUAUCAGGAUGAUGCAGAUUUGGCAACUAGAGCUAUACCUGAAUUGGUAAAGCUUCUAAAUGAUGAAGACCAAGUUGUCGUAAGUCAGGCAGCAAUGAUGGUUCACCAGUUGUCGAAAAAAGAGGCGUCACGACAUGCAAUAAUGAAUUCGCCCCAAAUGGUGGCUGCAUUGGUGCGUGCCAUGACUUCUUCGAAUGAUCUGGAAACCACAAAAUGUGCUGCUGGGGUCUUGCACAAUUUGUCACAUCAUCGCCAAGGUCUCUUGGCUAUUUUCAAAUCAAGUGGAAUUCCAGCUUUGGUUAAACUUCUAAGUUCUCCUGUAGAGUCUGUGUUGUUCUAUGCUAUAACCACUCUCCAUAAUCUUCUUCUUCAUCAAGAGGGCUCCAAAAUGGCUGUUCGUCUAGCUGGUGGACUCCAGAAAAUGGUCACACUUUUGCAGCGCAAUAAUGUAAAAUUUCUUGCUAUUGUCACUGACUGUUUACAGAUCCUUGCUUAUGGAAACCAAGAAAGCAAGCUCAUAAUCUUAGCAAGUGGUGGUCCUGCUGAACUUGUCCGCAUAAUGAGAUCAUACACUUAUGAAAAACUGUUAUGGACAACUUCAAGAGUUUUAAAAGUUUUAUCUGUGUGUUCAAGUAAUAAACCUGGAAUAGUUGAAGCUGGUGGAAUGCAAGCCUUAGCUAUGCAUCUAGGUCACCAGAGUCAGCGACUGGUUCUCAACUGUUUGUGGACUCUACGAAAUUUAUCUGAUGCAGCUACUAAACAAGAUAAUGUAGAUGGGCUUCUGCAAGGUCUUGUGCAACUCUUGGGAAGCAGUGAUAUCAAUGUUGUAACGUGUGCAGCUGGCAUUCUCUCCAAUAUGACUUGUAAUAAUCAUCGUAAUAAAGUGACUGUGUGCCAAGUGGGAGGAAUUGAAGCAUUGGUGCGUGCAAUUAUUCAGGCUGGAGACCGUGAAGAAAUUACAGAACCUGCAGUCUGUGCUCUUCGUCAUUUAACAAGUCGUCAUCCAGAAGCUGAAAUGGCCCAAAAUGCUGUUCGUCUCCAUUAUGGAUUGCAAGUUAUUGUAAAACUACUGCAUCCGCCAAGUAGAUGGCCACUCAUUAAGGCUGUCAUUGGACUUAUCAGGAACCUGGCUCUUUGUACUGCCAACCACGCACCCCUGCGAGAACAUGGAGCUAUACCAAGAUUAGUUCAGUUACUCAUCAAAGCCUACCAGGACACUCAAAGACAACGUUCUAGUGUAGCAUCGAGCAAUAGUCAGAUAGCCUAUGUUGAUGGUGUUCGAAUGGAGGAAAUAGUCGAAGGAACUGUUGGAGCCCUACAUAUUCUCGCCCGAGAAGCCCACAACAGGGCUAUUAUCAGAGGACUCAAUGUUAUACCUGUAUUUGUUCAGCUUCUGUACAGUGAAAUUGAAAACAUCCAGCGUGUUGCAGCUGGCGUGCUCUGUGAAUUGGCUGCUGAUAAGGAAGGUGCUGAAAUGAUUGAAGCCGAAGGUGCCACCCCGCCCCUUACUGACCUUCUGCACUCUAGGAAUGAAGGAGUUGCAACAUAUGCUGCUGCUGUGCUCUUCCGCAUGUCUGAAGAUAAACCUCAGGAUUACAAAAAGCGUCUCUCUGUGGAAUUGACCAAUUCACUUUUCAGAGAUGAUGCAGGUCCAUGGACUGGAAUGCCUGCAGAUAUGGAUAUAAAUAUGUUGGGACCAGAGGAAGCAUACCAUGAUCAAAUUUACCAAGGAAGUCAGGGACCACCUAGUGUCCACUCUGCUGGACCUAGGCACAAUCCUUAUACACCACAGGGUUAUGAUCUCCAGGUCCCUAUUGAUUCAAUGCAAGGUCUUGAUCUUGGAGGACAAGUGGGUUAUGGACCUCUGGAUGCUGAUAUGGAUUUGGAUAGUCCUCCCGAUCUCAACUUUGAUACCCUUGAACCCAUGCUUCCCUCUCCCCCACAGAAUGGAGAUACCACACAACAAAUGGCUGCUUGGUAUGACACGGAUCUCUAGAGCUGCAGUGCUUGUCAUCUUCCAUUCUUUUUGAAAUUCUGACUUUUAAAUUUAAUCAAAAAAAAAAAAACUUGUAUCAGUCACACUUAUUUUUCUUGUUUCAGUGUUAGCAGCUUCCUAUAUUUUAUUUUCAGAACUUUUACUUUAACAUUUUUUAUGUACUUAUUAGACUUUAGAUAUGUCUUUGCAUUUAUAUAUAUAUAUAUGUAUGUACUCCACCACUAAUCCUAUUUACUAUAUAAGGCAUCAAACCAAAUCACACCCUAGCUUUUGUAUUAGAGUAACAUUUAAUUCUUGUAUCAGUUAUAUGAAAAGUGAAUUUGGUAAAUAUUUAUUUUCUUAUGCAAGUUGUGUUUGCAGAUACGUACUUUAAUUUCACAUUUUUAACAUAUUUGUUUCAUAAGCUUUUAAGCUAUGAUUUUCUGUGAUCAUCUAGUGCUAGAGAGCACAUUUUUUUUAUACAUAUUAUAUAUAUAUAUAUUAUUUCAUUUUUGAAGAGAUUUGUUAUUUUUACCUUCCGACUUUUACUGCCUCUUCACAUGGACAACCAAAGAAUUUUAGAAAUUUUAAGAUUUGUAAUUGUUGUAUGAAUCCUUUCUAACUAUGAACUUCCAUAUCCUCUCUUUUUAUAAAAAUGCAAUUUAACCAAAGCACUAGCUGUAUGGGUUUUUUUCCCUCCCUUUUUUGUGAAAAGGAAAAGAAAUGAACAUACGUGACAUAAAUAUACAAAAUUAACAAGAAAAAGGUUUGCAAUUUUUGUCUUAUCUAUUUAUUAAAAUUGCAGCUAUUCUUCACUACUAAACAAUUUUAUCUUUUCAUUUGUACAGAUAUGGUUAAUUGUUGGUAUAAUUUUUUAUUCAUAUCAUUUAUAAUAAUGGUGGUAAUAGCAUAUUUGUCGUAGUGUUAUGCAGUAAAUAUUAAAAUGUAUUUGAUGUUUGUGAACUAUUUUUAUUUGUCAGUGUUAUGUA